GGCGGCGGGGAGGCGGGGCCGGCUCUGCGCGCGGCCAGUUCGGAGCCAGCGGUGCUCCGGUCGGGUGGUUGGCUGCUGGUGGACGGUGGGCGGCAGUGGUGCCCGCGCCAUGAGCGAGGCGGACGGGCUACGGCAGCGCCGGCCUCUGCGGCCGCAGGUGGUCACGGACGAUGGCCGGGCCCCAGCGGCCAAGGACGGCAGCUCCUUUAGCGGCAGAGUUUUCCGAGUGACCUUCUUGAUGCUGGCUGUUUCCCUCACUGUUCCCCUGCUUGGAGCCAUGAUGCUGCUGGAUUCUCCCAUAGAUCCACAGCCUCUCAGCUUCAAAGAACCUCCUCUCUGGCUUGGUGUUCUGCAACCAAAUACGAAGUUACGACAGGCAGAAAGACUAUUUGAAAAUCAACUGACUGGACCAGAGUCCAUAGCAAAUAUUGGGGAUGUGAUGUUUACUGGUACCAUGGAUGGCCGUGUUGUAAAACUUGAAAAUGGUGAAGUAGAGACCAUCGCCCGGUUUGGUUCGGGCCCAUGCAAAACCCGAGAUGAUGAGCCUGCUUGUGGGAGACCCCUGGGCAUCCGGGCCGGGCCCAACGGGACCCUUUUUGUGGCUGACGCAUACAAGGGACUAUUUGAAGUAAAUCCCUGGAAACGUGAAGUGAAACUGCUGCUCUCCUCUGAGAUACCCAUUGAGGGGAGGAAAAUGUCCUUUGUGAAUGAUCUUACGAUAACUCAGGAUGGGAGGAAGAUUUAUUUUACGGAUUCUAGCAGCAAAUGGCAAAGACGAGAUUACCUUCUUCUGGCUCUGGAGGGCACGGACGACGGGCGCCUGCUAGAGUAUAACACUGAGACCAAGGAGGUGAAGGUCUUACUGGACCAGUUGCGGUUCCCGAAUGGAGUGCAGCUUUCUCCUGCAGAGGACUUCGUCCUGGUGGCGGAGAUGACCAUGGCGAGGAUAAGAAGAUUCUACGUGUCUGGCCUGAUGAAGGGAGGGGCUGACUUGUUCGUGGAGAACCUGCCUGGAUUCCCAGACAACAUUCGACCCAGCAGCUCUGGGGGGUACUGGGUCGGCAUGGCGACCGUCCGCUCCAACCCUGGGUUUUCCAUGUUGGAUUUCUUAUCUGAGAGACCCUAUAUUAAGAGAAUGAUUUUUAAGCUGUUUAGUCAGGAGACAGUGAUGAAGUUUGUGCCGCGGUACAGCCUCGUCCUAGAACUCAGCGACAGCGGGGCCUUUCGGAGAAGCCUGCAUGACCCCGACGGGCAGGUGGUUUCCUACCUCAGCGAAGUGCACGAGCAGGACGGGCACCUGUACCUGGGCUCCUUCAGGUCCCCCUUCCUCUGCAGACUCAGUCUCCAGUCUGUAUAGCAGCCCUAGCUGCAGCUGUGCCUGCUGCACAGGGGGCACCACACCUGGUCCAGGAGGCACCAUGGACACUGCCCUGUCCUCCUGCUCCUGCCGGUCCUGGAAGUAUGUGAUGUCACAGAUGUGUGGGCCCCGGCAGGACGCCCCUCACCUGGGUGUCACUUUGCUUUUAGGGCAGCAUAACAUCUGCCUAGGAAAGAUAAGUCCAUGUAAAGCCAUGUUCUCUUAAACUUUCUAAGUAGAGCAAUUCUCUAGGACUUAGGAGACUUCAUGCCCUUUAACGGGCCUCAGGGUUUGGGGAUCGAGUAGUAGGUGCACUGUCCAGGGAUCUUGUUUCUGCUAUUGCCUCUGUCCUGCCAGCUUCAUGUCUUGACUAUAAAAUGGGGGGAAACCUUUCUUUGGGGGAGGGACAUGGGAAGGACGAGGAGAGCUCAGUGCAGAAGUGCGUUGAGGCCAGUGGGUGGAGCUGCGCAGGUGAAGACCUUGGGACCGUAUUCUCUAGAGUUGCACAGGUCAGGCCACAGCCCUUGGUGCCUGGGCCCGCCCUUCCAUAGCUCCCACCCCCCAACCUCCCUCCCUACCAGAGGGCUUUCAAGACUCCCCAGUCUCCAUCAACUUUUAAAGGCAAGGACCUCAGUAAUUGCACAGGAAGAGCAUGUCGAUUCUGAGGACUCACUGGGUUUCUCUCUGUGCACAACCCACCACACGCAUCGAUGGGUCCAGUGGCUGGGCACCGCAGGGGUGCGUUUAGGAAGUCCUGUUUACACACCCUUGUUCCUCACAUCUCGAUCCAGAGAUGUGAAUAGUGUACGUGUUAAUGUCAUCUUUGCUCGACUGUCACAAGCCUGAAGUUGCUGUGUAUCCUGACGAGUAUGUCUACACACUGUCCUAAUUUUGUCAGGGAGACCCAUGUAAUAAUGAUGAUUAAAUUGAUUUUUCUGCUGAUUAACCUUUUUUGAUGGUGUUGCUUGGGAGGUGUUCUCUACUGUAAUAUAAUUAUUUUAACAGUGACUGAAAUUUGAUUCCAUCAAGUGUUGACCCGGGGAUUGUUUUGGUGGGGAUCUUGUUUUAGGGAGGAGCAGUUCCUCUCAUUUGCUCAGGUCCCUCCCCUGACCCCUCCCCUGCAUGCCUUCCACUGUGUGCCUCCCCUUUGCGCGCCUCCACACUGUGUGUCUCCCAGCGCUGAAUCACUUGGGCAGAGUGAUACACGCCGCUCUCCUGUUUUCCAACCUACAAAAUGGGGCUAAUAUUGCUUCCUUUCUUUCCUGGGUGUCUAUGAGAAUGCACAAGAGAUUGUGUCUGGAAUUGUUUUUAACAACUUGACAAAGACAAUUUUUUAAAUUGGUAAUGAUAUUAAAAUUCAAAGAGGAUUGACAGCCUUGGUAAAAUCUGAACCAUUUGUGACUUGUUGCACUGGCUGGCCGGCCGCAACCCCUUUGCUCCCUUUCCCAGCAGCAGGCACCCCGACAUGUGUGGCUCCGGCCUCAUUUUAGGGGAGGAGUCAGGAUCUGAUGGCUACUCAGGACUGGCUUUGUGUGCAGCAGGCAAACCAGAGUUACAUGGGCUUCUGUCUAGUUGAUGCAACUUGUGUUGUCUCAGAUGAAUGACUUAAUAUUGUUUACAUGACUUUAUAGGAAAGAAAUUGAGUCGUGAUUAUUAAAUACUUUUUAAUAGAUAAUGGUGCACCCCAUAUAUUGAGUAUACAGGAAUAAUAAGGUAAAACCUGGUCAUUCUGCUGUAAAAAGUAAUUUAAAUGUGCUGAGCCUGUAUAAGUUGACUUCUUGAUUCAGAACAGAGGGCUUUGCUUUUAGUGCUUAAUUUUUACCGAUGCAAAGAAGCUGGUAGAUUGCUUUUCACAGUUUUCAACAAAGGAGUCUUGAUUUUGACUCGGAUGUUGACUUUCUGUCUCAAAGUCAUUUCCUGUGGUAAUUUGCCAUGGUGAGGUACAAAAUAUAGCCUCAUUAGGUUUAAAUGUGUCAUAUGCCUUUGUUGUAGACAUAAAACAGAUUUGCUCUAAUGUGAAUUACUAACAUGCUUUUAAAAUUAAAUCAAGUGAUUCAUUCA